GCCUCCUUGAAUGCUAUCGAAGUGAGCAGUAGUGACUCUCCAGACUCAUCAACUCCAGAAGGCACUUAAUCAGUCUCCUUCAUUGUAGUUACGUGGGCAGUGGUAGUCGGCCGUCAGACCAGGUAGAUAACAAACCCUUACACAUAACAGACGGUAUGCUGGACUGUGUUCUCCACGGAAGUAUUCUAUCUAUGAAAACUACAAGAAUACUGGUAAACUCCGCAGUGGCAUUUUAAUCUCCCUCCAGCAUCAUAGAAAGUGAUUACCAGCCAGCCCGCCUAGUUUCAGUUGCCCCGUCCUAGGUGUAUAUAUAGAUCGGGCCUACGCUAUGGCACUCUUCAGAUCAGAGCUACACGUGCCGGUGAAGAGGGACGAUAUGACGUUCCAGGACAGGCAAGUCAAGUCUUGGGAAGAUAUGGAAGUCAGGAUGGAAAAGCGUAGGAAGGAAUGGGAUAGUGAGUUCGAGAGUAUGAAGAACGAAUUCUUUAAGCUGAAGCCUACAGAAAAAAGUGGCAGUUGUAAUGCAGUAGAUACGUUAGAUAAUCUAAAGACUAUUUUUGUAAACGACUUACACGGUGGUCAGAAAUUCAAAGUACGCUUUGACGUCAGCGAAUUUAGACCAGAGGAAAUACAGGUUCGCGUGCAAGAUAAUAAAAUAGCUGUUUCGGCGAAGCACGAGGAGAAGUCUACAUCAUCUUCUGUGAGUAAGGAGUACAGCCGGCAGGUUGAUAUACCGAGUAACGUGGACCAAGAUAAACUCCAGUGUAUUCUCAGUAAAGACGGGAUACUUUCCAUCGAAGGGCCAGUUCGUGGACAGAUUUUAGGAAAGGAAACUGUUUUGCCUAUUCAACACGCAGUAUCAACCGGUAGUCCAACAACAAACGGAACAAACGGGAUGUCUUGUACCCCGUCUCCUAACAACCAGAUCGCCAUAGCUCGGCCGCUAGAGGUCAGCACGAAUACGGUAAAGAACCCUAUAAUUACCGAACCGGACGGAACACGUAAACUCCGCUUAAGUGUUGAUGUGGGUGAAUUUAAACCGGAGGAAAUUGUAGUGAAAACAGACAAAAAGAAGUUAAUUGUACAUGCAGAACACGAAGAAAAAUUAACAGGUAGAACAAUGCAUAAAGAAUUCAAUAAGGAGUAUGAACUACCUGACAGUGUUGAUCAAACCGCCAUUUCGGCCUACAUUGGAGAAGAGGGUAAACUAUAUAUUGAAGCACCCCUGAAACAAGUGGCGCAAAAACGGUACUCAAUCACACAGAGUCACGACGUCCGUAAAGUGGUGGUCACUAAGGAGUCCCAGGUGACCGUCACGGAUAACCAAAAUAGGCCUUUGGUCACCAUCAACGUCCAUCGCCGUUAGACGUUACCUUUCGGUGUCCUUCUGGAGGGAGUCAGUUUAUUUAACUAUGUAUUGCUACUGGGGCCAUCUUGUGUCUUGUUUGAACUGGAGGACGUUUAUUUCGAGUGAUAAGUGAGUUAAAUUGAUACAUAGAGCAGAAUGAAACGUUAUCAUGAAAGAAGAUUAUUUCGGCAUUAUGUACUGGAGGUUUUAAUACGUGAAAUUUCCUGGGAUUUGCUGUAUAUCUCGCGAGUGAAAAUAAGGGAUUUAAAGUUCUCUGUUUUAAUUUAAAUCGAUUUCGGAUGUCGACUAAAUCCUUUUAAAUUAUAUAAUUUAACUCGGAUGUGACGAUAUCAAAAGUGAUUGUAAUCCAUAGCAAAUUGGAGGUGAUUUAUAUCAGAGUUACGAAAUAUGUUCAACUUAAACAAGGUAAUGCCUAUAUAGUUUUCCAGUAGGAGCAUGUCGUUUCUUAUUACUUCAUUAGUAUACGAAAGGGCUUUCAAUCCAAUUGUUAUGCAUGCACAAAUGUGAAAACACCAAGAAGACAAUUCCAUAUAUGUAAUUGUCAAACUUUUAAUAUAUCACCAACGAAACAUGUCAAUUAUAGAUAUCUUGCAUUACAACAAGCAUCAAUGUUAAAAUCUUGUAAAAAUGUAUAUUUUUCUGUAGCAGUACAGUAGUUUGUUGUGUUCAGUACGUGAGUAUAGGUUUCAAUUGUUUCACACAUAUACAUACACAUAUGAUGCUUCAAAUAACAUCAACAUACAGUGUGGAAGUGCACUAGUUUUAACAUUUGGAUAGGAAUGUAUAUCAAUCUUGUUGAGGUUAUGAUUUCAAGAAUAAAUGAUGAAUAACACUUUCGUUCUAAAUAUCUGAAGACUUUCGACACAGGUCAUACCUAGGAAUGUUUGCCCUUCCUUAAUAACCAAUGUUUCCAACAGUCUGGUACCUAAAGUAGCUAGAUAUCCACACCAUGUAAACGAUAUCUUCUCCUCGUGAAGCUGGCGAGAUAUCAGAUUAUGGUUUUCGUUAGAACGUAGAUAUGCUUCUCGUUAUCUAUAUCGAACAGGAUGCAACAUACAAUCUACGUCUCUGGUAGAAACUAAACCUGGGAUUAAGCACAUUAUUCCUUAAAUAAUAUCAAGUUGAGUUGAAUAUUCGACUUUUAAGUAAAUUAAUUACAAUGCGUGGUUGAUUAACGUUUUUCAAAACGUAUUAACCUUCACGACUUAUCAAAAAUAUAGAACGAUCAAAACAUUUCAGCAAAUUAGAAUAAAGAAUUUUUAAACAUAAAAAGAAUUCGUGAAAAAUUGUAUGAUUUAAAAUUGAAAUUAUUUUGGAACUGAUCAUGAUUAGUAUUCGAAGUAACAAUACGAAAGUAUUUGGUUUUUAACUUUAUGAAAUAUAUAUUGAAAAUUUACGGUUUAGAUUCGAUACAUUCUAGACACAAGUUUUGUUUCUCAUGCACUUAACUCGCUGUAAGGUCAGGUGGAACAUGGAAUGGUUAUCACUAUCCUAUGCCUGACUUCCUUUACACACAGGCUUGAAAUGCCAGAGUGUACAUAAUAUCUGUUUAUACCACCUUAACAUGAAACAGACCGCGUCUGAGAUGCUUCUGCUAAAGUUAAUACGUAACACCUGGGUACUCCGACAUUUCUGGUCUGAGAUCAGUUCUAGUUAUCUCAUAAUCUCUACCACCAGGGGUCAUAUAGGGGCCCGUCUUUAUAUCCCAUAACUGAUUACAAAGGGAACUGAUUUACGAGGAUCAAUAUCAUUUUAUGAUCAAGAGAAGCUGAUUGAUGCUCUGUAUAUAAAAGACGUAAUUAUAAGGAAUUUUGAUUGUAGCAUUAAGUCAUUGAAACUUAUGAUAUAAACCUUUUUUUUUUUACAAAUACCUGAGAUCUGAAUGUAGUACCUAUCCAAAGUCUACCAUUCUAAAUGAGCUCAUCUCUGGUACUGUGUCUUUGAGAAUCGAGAUCUAUCUCACCAUCUGCCAGAUUGUUGAUCUCAGCUUUCAACUUUAAUCAUGGCAACACUUACUUCUUGACAUAAUGGAGUGGAUUUGUUUUGGUAUAAGACAAGUUUUUAUCUGCUAGGCCAAUAUCUUUAAAGUAUGGUUUACUUACAGUGGUGAGUUGGGUAACAUUUUGGCAAAUACAAGAGGUUGGAAUAAGAUAAUGAAAUAACAAUACAAUGGCAACGUACCCUUAACCAUCGGAUAUGAUAUGUUUGUUUGAACUCAAUGAAUAUAUACACGUUUCUAAAAUAUGAAUCGAAUAGAAAAAGAAAAAAGGAAGAAAUCUUACUAUGCUUCGGAAUUCAUAACUAGACUGAUAGCUUUAGCUUGGCGUUGAAUGAAAUACAAUAUGCACGUGAAUUUCAUACGCUCGUGCUGGCUAUAUAGACGUGUGAGUGGUUGGGUUGGUCACGAUUCUCGAGUUACAUUGGCCUAGAAGCUUAAUUGAUGGGAAUGCUUUACAAAUAGUUGGAAUAUUUUCUUCAAAUACGUCUGGAUCUUAUUCAGUGCCUCCCUUCUUCAUAAAGGAGAUAAUAUAAUUACAAAUCCGUUGCCAUGGUAUCUUUGGCGGAGCCUUUUCAUAACGCUGAUUUUAUCUUCUCAAAAACAAGUUUCAAACUGAUCACGAUAUUCUGUAAUGAAAUUAAAAAAGUGCCAAAUAAGAAUGUACUUUUCUAAUACUGUGAAUGAUAAAUGUCGGAUGUAUCGAUAUACAAGAACUAACUUAGCUAGUUGUGAUACAGAAAAUAGAAGCAGUUGAUCACCAUUAGAUCAUGACGGCUGUCAUCAACACAAAAUAAACAUUAAUUUACCUAGCCUUCAACUGACCUUGGUAUAUCUCGAUUUCAUGUGUUCGGCAGGAACAUUUACACUUUCUGGUGGUUUUGAUGAGGUUAUUUGAAGUUCGAUUGUGUAGAUUGUGAGACACAUGUGUAUUCCUUUGACUGUGUACGUGUGCGUAAUGUGUAAAUAUUGCCAAACUCAUUUGUAUGCAUGGCCAGGACUCGUAUGCAAUAUAGGUGAUACCCGGAUGUAACUUAUUUGUGGUUGUAUCCAUAGUGACAUAUACAGUGGAACCUCGUUAGUCCGGAAUCGAUUAAUAGUUAUAUUAUCCAGACAGCUUCCAAAUAUAAUCUUUAUCAACACAAUUUUGUUAUAAUAAUAUUGGAACUCCAAACCUUGUAUUGGAAUACACUCGGUCUUGACUAGCGAGGUUUCUCAGUAAAAAGAGUAUUUACAUGUAUAUUAUUUGAAUUUAAUUUAAAAAUUAAACCUGUUGUAGAUAUUAGUUAAGUAUUUGAGUAUAUACUUUAGUCUAUUUAUAUUGUAUCAAGUAAUUAUAAUUAAAGAUAAUAUAUUGUUUUUGUUAGUACCUGAUAUAUUUUAAUCAUCCAAUAGUUGUUGUAAUUAAUGUUAAAUAAUUGUCGUGACAAAAUUUCCUUUCGUCUUCGAGUCGAAUUUAAGCCCAGUUUGAUAAUUCAUCAUGUGAAGCAUGACGUCACACACUAAUAUUAUGACGUGUCAAUGUUUAAAUGUUGGUAAUAUAAAUCAAAUUAAACUUCCGGGAACUGAGAUACUUAACUAUUAAGCGUAUCUCAUCCAUCACAUUAAAAUACCUUGUGUUCUAAGUUAUUGGAACUAAUUGUAUUUAUUUUGAUUAGAUUUUAUUAAUAAUUUUGUUGUUCAAAUGUGGCUCGAAAGGGGGAUCUUUGAAAAGUUAACAUAUGGGGUUUUAUUCCAUAAAAUGCAUGUAUGCAAUGCAUUGAAGUGAUUCGAAAAAAGAAAAUGCUGUGGUUUUCGUCCUAAAGGAGAACAGUAUAUGAAAGAAAGUCGGAUUCAGAAUGGAGUGCGGAAAAGACACUCCUGUAUUUUAUUUAUUUUCGUCGUGUUUGUUCUUUAGUUUGUAAAUAAUUAGCUUAAUGGUAUCAUAUAAGUUUAACCAUCCCCCUUUCGACGCCUGCAUGUUGCCAUAGUUAUGUCGAAGUUCCUGGUAUAGCUCACAGGCCGGCUGUGAUUUAUAAUGUACAUUGAUAUGAUCGUUACCUAUAUGUAUAGUGCUUUACGAGACAUCACAUCAAUGCCCGAAUGCUGCUAUGGAGAUAGUCUGAAGAUUGUAAAAAUGUCAUUAAAACGCUUGUUGAAAUUCAUAACUGAGAAAUUAAAAUAAGUUAAAGACA